AUGGCGAACCAAAUCAUCACUCUUGUCAUUCCUAAAACCCUAACUCCCUUCUUCUCUCGCUCCCUCUCCGCCAUCUCCUUCCUUCGCGGUCUCCGUCCUCUCGCAGCCGCUGCCGUAACCUCCCGCCACAUUCUCCUCCCUUCCUUCCGCACACUCUCAACAAGCCCUACCACAUCUUCCCUCAACGAUCAAAACCCUAACUGCUAUAACCGUCCACCUAAGCAUACCGUCGUGCUUAAUGGAUGCAAUUUUGAACACUGGCUCGUGGUUAUGUGGAAGCCUGAUGGUGAUCCUAGCAGAGAUGAAAUUAUCGAUGGUUAUAUCAAAACAUUCGUGGAGGUUAUCGGAAAACACUACUUUGCUUUUGGAGCUCUUUGUUCUGAAGAGCUUCGCGACAAACUCAAAGAACUUCCCAAAGUUCGGUGGGUUCUUCCUGAUUCUUAUUUGAAUGUGGAGGAGAAAGAUUAUGGAGGUAAUUUCUCUUGUACCAUCACCUAG